AUGAGGGCGCCUGGUGGACUGGAGAAGAAUGACAAAGGGGGAGAAAAUCCUCUUAUUUAUCAAGAGGCGACACCUCCUGCACCUCCUCGAUCCUCUCUCCUUGAGGUGAGUCAUCUGUCAAAGUAAUGCCGGUUAAAUCUUCUUCUUGCAGGAAAGGGUGGGGGGACAAAAAUAAAAAAUAAAAAAAGUGAAAGAGGAGAUAAAGGAGACUGACUCUUCCACAUGCAUCUGUUUAUUUCUCUGUUUUCUUCUAUAUUACAAAGCAGAGGUUUUAAACAGGUGGUUGUUUUCAGAUGAAUUUAAGCACAAAAACAUCAAAAUAACAAUUUCAUUAACAAUGAAAAACAUUGUAUAAUUUCAGAGGAGAGAAACAUGUUGGAUGGUGAAUCUUGUGGCAUAUUUUUAUUCCAGGCUUAUCUGGUUGUCAGUCCCACUUUCCCCCAGCUGCAGCAGCCUAACUACCUCCAAACUGUUACUACUGUUAGCCACUGUUAUCAGAAUUAAUGGUCUCAAUGCCCAGAAAUUUCAGUAAAACAAAAAAACAAACAAACGAACAAAUAAAAAAAAAUUGACCACCCUAUCGGCAGAUUUUUACUCAUUCAUAAUCAUUUAAGUCUUAUUUUAUGCUUGAAUUAUCUUAAAAUAUCACUCACUUAGUUUUGGGGAUAUUGCAGUGUGCUUAUAUUUUCUACACAUUUUCACAGCCUGCAGUAACGUGCAGAAACGUGAAGAAACAUGCAGAACAUGCAGAAUGUGUGGAAUGUUGCUCUGGGAUUUUAAAAAGUCCACUUUUUAAGAAAUUAAUGAAAUAAUACACCAUUACAUUAUGUGACACAGCAAGAAAAUGGGAGAUACUGGAGUAAUCUAGAGCAUGAAAUUAAAAUAUAAGGACUUUCAAUGCACAGGUCAACCUGUUCCAGAAUUCUUCCAUGAAGCAUUUCUGCAAUAAAUCACAAAAAUUAACGGCCUGCAAAUUUUUUUAUUCCGCAAAAGCCCAACAAAUAAAAACUCAAUUACACUGGAAACAUAUUAAUCUUAAAGAAGAUGGUAAAAACAGAAAGCAGAGAUAAAGUGGAACAUAUCAGGAGGUAAAAACUGUUUUUACAUCCAGUUAUUUCAAACACUUUCAUGAUUUAACAGCUCAACAUGUCCGAAUGGCUUUACCUCACAGUCUGAAUAAAUGAUGCUCUGCAGAGAGUGUUUCAGUAUGAGUGAGGGAUGUUUGCAGGAUGUAGAGUGUGUUACUGACUGCAGCAGAGACAACACACACACACACACACACACACACACACACACACACACACACGCGCACGCGCAUACAGGGUGGUUUAUAUUCACACUGAAUCAGAGUUUUUACAUGCAUGAAGCAGCUCAUCCCUCCUUCCCCUUCUUUCCCCCUGCAGAGACAUCAUUUAGAGAGUGCGAGAUAGAUGGAGGCAGGUAAACAUCCACAAUGGCUGCCUGGCUCAUCAUGUAUGCAUGGAUGCUCGUCUACCUCCACCAUUCACUGCGCUGUGACUGCGUCUCUCAGCUCAGUGAUUUAUCCUGCUUACAGAUAUCAGCUUCAAUCUCCGUGCUCCAUGUCUGACCUUGGGGAACUCAAACUGUGAUCAGAAGCUCGUUUUCCUAAAUGUUGGGUCAUUUCCAAGAGUGCAUGUGAGAAAGAGGCUUCAUAAAACUUUUAAAGAGUCUUGACAUCAGCAGAAUAUAUCGGCCAUCAGUGGACUUGCUCUUGCAUUAUCUGUAUUAGCUGCUGAGAAACUGAUAUCAGUCGACCAUCACUGAUUGGUCCAAACCAGCCUGAAGCUUUGCAGGACAGAUCCUCCUGAUGACAGACUUGUUAACUUUGCUUUGCACGGUUGAUUUUGCGUUGUCUUCCUUUUUUAGAGUUAUGGACAUGCACUGAAUUAUAAGAUCUGUAGGAUACUUGAGCUAGGAGGUUUACAUUCAUACUAACAGGCUUUCUCAAACAUUGACUUCUGGAAACUUCAAAACAAACCGGAAACUACCAUUAUGUACUAACUACUUUGUCAAAACCUAAUAAACCUCUGUAAAAAAACAGAGGUUCUCUGCCAUCCUCUGGUCAGGCCAGAGGACCGCAUCCACACAGACUGCAAUGUUCUUCUCAGCUGUUCAUCUGCAUAGAUGUAAAAGUCACUUGAAGUUUUUUUUUUAAACUCUGACAAAUAAAGUCCAGUCAAAGUUUAUUUAUAUCUCACCUUUAAAAAAGCAUCUGUAGUUCAACAAAAGUGCUGCACAAGCAUGAAAACACACACAUGGGUUAAAAGACACCAAAAACAUAAUAAAACCAUGGUAAAUCAAAGCUCAUUCAGAGUGUCCGGAACUGUUGUCUCCACUGGUAUUAAAAGCAAAUGCAAAGACGUUUUCAAACACUGAUUUAAAACCGUGGAAGGUCGGAGCAGCUCUUAGGACUGGAGCCAGGCACAGUGGUACCAGCUCAUGAAGACUUUACUAAAAUCUCAAACUAGAUCCUGAGUCCAGAGGAGGGGAGCCAGUACUGGAGCAAUCUGAUCUCAUCAAGUUUGCACAGGUGGGACAUGAGUGAGACGACAGCAGGAUGCAAAAGGAUGAAAUGUUUGUUUUAAGGUUUACAGAAUAGAGUCCAAGUGAAACUGGUGCAGUCAAACUAAAAGUUCAGCAGUUUGGAGCUGAUACAUGAGCUUCAAGUUGUCAGAAUUGUUUGCACAGUUCCAUUUUUCUGUGAAGAAUCAAUCAGUCACUAAAAGUCUGUCUCUGCUCCUGUUAAAGUAACAGCAAGCUUCUGCAAAAUACUGUUUGACUGCCUCUUUAAUUACACUCAGUCUGCUGCCACGGAAAACAAUCAUUUACCAGGAUUAGGUCUUAUUGCCAUUCACAGUCAUAAUGGUGUUAAGAAAGUUACAGACGGUAUCGCUGCAGGUUCGAAGUUCUUUCUAAUGCAUUUUUAUGUAUAUAAAUUAACUAAACCAAAGCUUCUACUCAUUUAUUCUAAAGAAAGCUUUUUAAAUUAAUAAUUCAGUACAUUUAUACUGUUUUUCUUCAGUAACUCUAAUCUCAGAGUUAUUGUUUUGUUUUGCAUUCAAAUAAGCACUAUGUAACCAGAAACUGACCAUUUACAGCAACUUUUAAUUAGUCAUUUUGAAAGGAGUUUUAAAGUUUAUAAGUUUGAUAUAUGGAGCAUUAGGACGCAUCUGAUAUCCAAAUGUAAAGAAAGCACACUUUUUAAAAUGAUCCACCCAGAGUUCAGACCAAUGUUUUCAAGAUUCGGACAGUUCAUGCUUUCUUUUCAUUUUUCUUUAUGUUUUACAUGAUUAAACUUGACUUUCCAGCUUUAAUUUGUGCAAAAACUGACAGCAUCACUUUCAUCAUGUGGCAAAUGUAAUAUCUUUGUGAUAUAGGAAUGGGUGCAUUACUUUUGCCAUAUGUGAGUGUUUUAUUACAUUGAAACGAGGGUUUUUGUAACCAUAACUUCUCUAAAUCAUGAGCAAAGGAGAGAGGAGGGUCAGGCAGAGUUCAGGUUGAAGUCAGGGAAAUGGGGCAAGGUGACAAGCACCAAACUAACUCCAAAAACACCCCCGGGAGAGAACACUUAAUCCAGAUCACAGAAACACAUCGCAGUUCACUAUCAGCUUAUUUGAAGUCCUGCAAACAGGCUGAACAUCCGGGAAACACAACCUGAUCUGCACAAGACGUGGAAUGUCUCAUGCCUUUUCUUCCGCCCUGCAGACCCGGUAAUGAUGGAGGAGUAAAAAGCGACAUGAUUGGUGGAUGCAGCGAGUGGAGGAGAAAUGUAAACCCUUCGUUUUAUUGCAGCGGGGGGGCUGAAGGCUGAUCGCUCCCCGGUUGUUGUGUUUAUUUCUCCUUCAAUGACAGCAGGAGCAGCCGGGCGGUGCGGAGGGACGCUCCCCCCGGAUCGAAGAGGACCCUCCUGCAAGUCUGCGGUAAGAACAACAACAAUCCCCCCACCUUAAAGCAGCAGGCUGAGCGCGGAGCCUCGCAUCGGCGCGAUCAGCAAGCAGGAGAAAGGGAAAAACCCGCACACAAUACACAAUGGUGUUGCCUGGGGCUGCCGCGAUCGCUCUCAGACAAACCCGGGACAGACUUGCUCGGGGUUGCUUGCUUGACAGCUGCAGGGCCAAUGGAAACAUGCACGAGGCCAGCUGCGCCAGGCUGCAGCCAAUAGAAGGAUGUGAAGGAGUAAGGCACUGCUGGCAAUGUUAGGCUGGCUUUAGCGGACCCUCCGCCGCUGCUGCCGCCGCUAAACUUAAGCAGAAUAAAGAACUGAGUGUGUGUUUGGCUGCUGCAGUGGCCAUUUUAGGUAAGAAGAGCUUUAACUUUUGGAUGCGGCUCGUCUUUGUGUGCAGGGAGGAGGUGUGUGUGCGUGCGUGUGUGUGUGUGUUCGUGAUGGGCCUUUUGUGAACAAGUCAGUCAUUUGAACGGCUCUUCUCAGUGAAUAGGAGUAGAUGUGUCAUCACUCCCUCAUUUAUUAUGUGAUAGAUUCCUGAUUAGGUCCUCAAAAGUGAAUCAUUAUAAAUCCAGAAAGCAGAGAAAGCCUAUACCCUCCAUGUAAAGAGAUGGGGCAUGGGCCAAACUAAAAAAAUCAUACACGUGCCUGAUUUUUUUCCCCAACAAAUGAUUUUGAUCUUUACAGCUAUUUCUUAUCAUGCUGAUUUAUGUACAAAAUGACACAGUACUCACAGGGGUUUUAAAGGGUUCAAAUAAUCUAGGACAUUGGAAAGUUAGCAUUGAUUCUGUACAUCUACUAUUUAUAAUUUUAUUUGUGAUUUCUGAGGAGUAGGCCCUUUUAGUGCCCUCUGAUUAUACGCAAAAAAGCAACAAAAACCAACACACAAAUUUUAUUUGUCGCAAAACCUUUUGUACUUUUGUAAGAUUACAUAUAGAUGUGUUAAUUGUUUGCCGCAGGAAAUAAUUAGUCUUUGUCUCGAAUUCAAAACGAUGUCCAUAUCAUGAUUCUCAAAACAUGCCAUAUACCUAUAAAUCCAUCCAACAAUCAUGUAGCUACUUGAUAAUAAAAUGGCUAAUAAAUGUAGUCGAGCAAAAUAACAGAACAGCAUUAUAUUGUUUUGCUUUAUGUAAUACAAUUAUCGUAUCCCAAGUAUCAGUAGUUUAAAUAGAAAUGAAAUCAGUUUAAAUAAUAAACAUAUUUCCCUUUUAAUUGAAUCGCUGUGCCACAGGUUAAUAACUCAUGGCAACCAUUGGGACAACAAUCCUGCACUUUACCCUUUUGAUUCAUUUUUAAGUCCUGAUAUAUCAUUUUACACCAGUUUGUUACUUAAUUAUAGCAGAAUCAACAAACUUUGUGUUUAUCAUUAUUGAACGGAAUGCGUCAGGUAUCAUAUCAUGACUAACUCUUUCACUAACCCUGCUAGAAAUAUUUGUCAAAAUGACCAUAAAAUAAAUGUAACAGGUCAAUUAUACCAAUACAGACCAUAAAUAAACUCUCUCCUGUGGCAGUAAGUGGAAGCAAUAGGUAAAAAUUAAAUAUAAUAUUCAUAAGUAUAUUUAAAUGAGUGAAAAAAACUGAAUUCAUUUGCACUUGUUCGCACACAUAGACUGUAUAUACUAUGGACAACUUGGUUCCGCCUACCGCCUGUAUACAGAUUUGAAGCCAAAUAGCUUUCGGUAUUUCCGGGAUUUUUCUUCAUUUCCCGAAACCAGCGCUGUGCAGUAGCGAUGCGCACAUUUGGGUGCGCAGUGACUGAGAGUCGCUGUGAUGAUGCUCGGCUCAAACAGCGUAUCCCCUGGGACACCUACACAAUCCCUGAACGCCCAUAGGCUGUAUCAAGUGUCAAUCAUAGAAAACAUGAACCCCCUAAUAACUUUUAAAAAUAGAGCUUCACAGAAAAAGAGGACUUGAGCACAAACCAGUCUUACUGUAACUACAUGUCAACAUCGCAAGCAGGGGGCAGAAAAAAUUAUGUUCUGUGUAAUAAAUUUCUAAAGUUUGUCCACAGCUCCAUAAGCUUUGCUGGCGGAGGCGGGAUUUAUAACCUAAACUGCAGCCCAUCGGCAGAGGGUGCUGUUCUCGGAGUGGCUUCACCGAGCAAGGAGGCAGACGGCGUCCAUUCUUUAUACAGUCUAUGUUCGCACACAACAGUCAAGUGGUGUGCCAUACAGAUUUUUUUAUUGAAAAUUCAAUUAUGAGAGAGCAAAGAAGAGACAUUUUUCAUAGUAAGAACUUGACAAAUACUUAAGCAGCACAGUUGCUUUUGUCCUCAAAGGCCACUGUUGCUUCACUGAGGGGAAAGGACGUUUUUCAAUCUUGCCUCUGAUCACUAUAGAUGAAUGAAUAUUCCCAUUUUGCAUGAUUUUCCUUCAACAGUUGCAAAGCUGUUAUUAUGUGUAAUAAAAUAUGUAUUGAAUUUCAAAGUACAACCACUAAAAUGAGUAUGACUCUCAGGCUAUGAGGAGUUAGUAUUUUGAGUCGGAUCGUUCACGAACAGCCCAUCCCUCCCUCCUCUUCCUCACCUCCCCAUCCCUCUCUCCUCUCUCUCCCCUCCCUCCCCUGCCUGCUAAUUUUUUAUGCAUUUUUCUAAACUGUCAUGGCGAUUUUGUGUCCUUGGAAAUAAAAAGCGCCAGUGUUUUUCGGGCUGACCAGGGGGAUGUGUCGCCGGUGAGAACGUGUGUCCGGUGUCCGGAACAGGUGAGCUGUCCGCCGGGGAGGGUUUUUCUGAGGAGCGGUGUCCCCUGGAAGGAGUUUUAGCGGCUGUCCACACGUGUAAGGAGAGAGGGCUGUGAUAAUGUAUUUACAACAGCGAUGCAGUGACAUUACACAGCUAGCGGAGCAUGCUAGCUCGGUAGCAUCGGGUGCUAACAUGAAAAAGGACACAGUGUCUCUUUUCUCUACCGGUGUGAGUGUUUGUCCUCUUCAUCCUUCUCUUCCUCGCCGGUAACUUCUCUGUAUUCCUCCUAGCUAGCUCUCACAACUUGUGGCAAUCCUUGCAACAUUCAAGCUAGCAGAGUGUUAGCCUCUGCGUCUGCUAGCAGUGAAAACCCCACAGAGGUGUAGGCUCGGUGGUUAGCCUGUUAGCCUGUGUAACUGUAGGCGCUACAGCAGCCAGGUGUGUGUCCGUGUGCGUGCGUGUGUGUGUGUGAGCGUGGACAUACAGGACACGUAAUGAGUCAUGACCCGGCCAGGUGUAUCACCUCUGGGCAGCAGACAAAGGCUGAGCCUCGAGCUGAACAUGAAGGGUCCCUGAGGGCUGAAUAAAAGAAUAAAUGAACCUUAUGACAAUAAAAACAUAAAAGAUCAUAAAGUUAAAUGGAGACCCCCUGAUUUAACAGAUACCUCAUUAUGCCCUGAUUCAUAUGAAUAAACUGGUAUUCACAUAAAUAAAAGCAGCAGGUUAUCCACAUUCUAAAGAGUAAUAGUUAAUACAUAACAAGUACUAUGACAAUGGUGAAGACUGAUAUUUCCAAGUCUAAUAAAGGUAAAAUCUGUGUAAAUUCACAUAAAAAUAGCACAGAAAGGCUAUGAAACACGUCUUCACACAAUUUUUCAUUAGUCUUCAUUGAACAAACUGCCACAAAAGGAAUAAAAAAAUAUUUCUGUAAUAAUUUAUAUGAAUUAGGACUGUUAGUGUACAUGUAUUUGAACUUUUUGCAAAAAAAUGCUGUCGGUAUGACACAUUCAGUGAAUCUGAACCUUGUCUUUAAGGUUUUGUGGUGUCACAAUCACAGCUUUUAAGUGCGUUGUUUUGUAACAUCUGGGUCCCUGGUGAAAAUUGUAUUUUUAAUAUAACAGCACAAUCUACCUAGUUUCCUCACAACAUGUAGAAAGAAGUUCUGUCAAGUUGAAAUAAUUAAACUUCAAUAAAAACUAGUGAAAAACUGUCUAAAUAUCACCAUAUUGACUAUGUUCGUUUAGUGGAUACUCUGUGAACUGUCCCAAAAACCGUCCACUCUGUCUCUGUAAUGACCACCUGACAAACAUCCAUUCUCCUAGAUACCUGGAGGACCAGUCCUGCCCCAUCUAGUCUGUGAUUGGUUCCUGGAGCAGCAUCGUGAGCGCCUUGUCUCACAGUGUAGUCCACACUGAAUAAGUCCUUUCAGUCGACCUGAUGAGGCACAGAGGUGGAGUUGAGAUGGGAGUUUGGCCUCCUUUCUAACAGCUGCUGCAUGCCUACCUGCAGAUCAAAACUUAAAUAAUGCAAAACUAGCUACAGUGAUAUCUUCAUAAUUAUAGUGCAUUCAAAAACUCCACCCCUCUCUAACAGUAUAUGGUAAAAGAAAUUAGUUAUCCAGACCAAAUUGGAUGUUUUAAAACUUGGUUGUUUGUUAUUGUUGUAAAGAUGGACCUCUCAUGAAUAGAGCUACACGUUGUCUCCUGCAGACAGCCGUCAGCAGAUAUUUAAAGACCUGCAGUUUCUAUCACUUUGGCUUCACUUAUAAAAACUGGUUGUUGCUGCUCGUUCAUAACACACAUAGAUACACAGAACCGUGUGGUUUCUCAACCUGUUGUACAUCCACUUACCUAGAAGCAGUGUUGCAGAAAUUUUAGGUUAUUAAUGAAGUUCAAACUCAUAGUAAAGCGACAGAUCACACAGUGGGCGCAAAGCUUGAAACCAGAAUUGGCCCAUACCAAUUAAAAAAAUGUUGAACUUUUGAGCAUUUGUGCUUGGAAAUAGCUGAAAACACAAACUUUUGAAAACAGGUCCCAGAGUUGGAGCCCCUCUGUCACCGUGCAGCAGUCUUCUUAAAGUGUUGAUCGUAGCUUUAUUCACACACGGACAUCAUGUUUUGUUGUGUUUGCCAGUGUUCUUUUGUUUGUGUCUUUGUCAUCUCUGCUCUGCUGAUACAUUGGUGUUCUUCAGCGUGUUUUUAUUCAAAUUAUAAACGUAUACAGCUCAUACAUUACUAGCUCAGGUGUGAUCAGUAUUUUUUUGGAGAUCCACAAUUUUCAAACUGGUGCUGAGUUUAAUUCCUGCAUGUUUAUUUAAUAUUUUUAACACACUGUCCAAACCUUUUUUUACUUGAGACUUUCUCAUUUGAUACAACACACUAAUAACUUUAGGUUUAUUGUAAAUUUUAGGCAGCAUAAAAUAAGAUGUCAUCAAUCAAAUGCAUGGUGUGUUAAAAAGUGCAAAUGCAAGUCCUUUGACCUGCCAUAGUGCCAUCACGCCAGGUCAGAGGUCAGAGUGUAAAUGUCAGAAUCAGCUGUAGCUGGAGUUAAUCAAUAGGGCAGGGAGGAAAAAAAGGAUUUUUGUCUCUUAAAACAGCAAAACAACAACAACAAAGAGUGGGCAAUUUUUGGGAGCUGUGUGAGAGAGUGAGUCUGAUUCAUUUGUUCCAGGUCUGUCUCUGCAGCCCUUGAGCAGGACUCCUACUCUGAUAGGCUGAGUUUGAACAGCAUUAAACUCCACGAUCAUCAUGAGAUAGUUAGUUUGAAUUCAUGCCUUUAAAGGUGUAAAUCAGGUGAGGGAGUAACAUUAUGAAUUUGCUGUUGUUGGGACUGUGAAAUCGAACUUUUUGAGCAUUUUGCUUUAACAGAACAGAAUCAAAUGACGGCCAAGUUUGAAAUAACAUAAGGUUAAAAAAACUCCAGCAGUGAUAGGAAUGACACUUGAUAAGCAUUUAUUGAUACCAAUGUGAUUAUCUAAUCUGCAUAUUGAUAUAGUUCUUUAUUGAUUCCCUUCAUGUCUGGGAUUUUUGUGUGUAAAAAUGUCAAUCUGAAGGGGUUUUCUGUGAGAAAGACACAAAUUUGAUCACAACUUUUAUUACCUUCACUGCUGCACUGACACAGGGAACCCUGGCUCCUCAUUGGACCGUUAGAAAUCAGCUGAAGACAGAUACUGCCUGUCAUUGGUCAACACAUGGAAACAAAGAUGGCAGCUUUUAAUAAACAGAAUAUUUCAUUGGAAUUUGUGCAAAAAACAUCUAAUUCAACCUUUGUAUUUUGAGGGAAUUGAUCCUUUGUAAAUACUCUGAUCUUAGUGGGAUAGAAAAUCAUCGGGGUGUCUGAGACAAACACACAAAGUCUGCUGCUUCUGCCUCACAAACCAAGUGGAUUUUAAAGUCCAUCAGUGGGUUGUACAUCUCUUUUUUUAGAGCUGAUAUGGCAAAUAACAGAAUUACCCAGAGACAGAGAUCCCCUUCAUGCUGUUUUAGCGGUUUGGACCAAUCCUGCUAUCCUCCAUGAUUACCUCCUUGGUUGUGGAUCGCACAGACUGUCUCUUGCUGUACACCAUCUCGUUUUUUAAGGUGCAAAGGGAAUUUGAAGGCAUUGAAAGCCAAUAAUGGUUAGGCUUUGACUAGUUGGAACUGGUUCCCAUGGAAACGGGUUCUUGAUUCCCAUCCCUGAACAAUUUGUGCACUUUUUAUUGUUUUUAUCAGGAUUUCCUCAAUAGUUACAAAAACACUUAAAUUCAGUGAAGAAGACACACAGAAACAUCUUUGUUUUUUAGCUAAAUCAAGCUAAAACAAAGGAGUAUGACUGAUAUACUAUUAAAAAAAUCAAGAGAAGUUUGUUUUAGCUUUGCUGAGAUAAUCGUACCAAGACGACAUGGGCUAAAGCUUAUUUAAGGACAUGUGAAUGAACUCCUCUGUCACUAACUGUUGGCAGCAUCACAAGCCUAGAAAGUUGUUCUACAAGAUACUCUAUAAAUUUAGAGAUGGCCUGGUUGUCCAGUUGGUACGAUGUGAUUUAUAAGCAUGGGCCUGAAUCCCAUCGCAGACCCCCAUGCUAUUACCUCCAUGUUUUACAUGUCCUCUAACUUUCCCGGUUAAAAGAGCCAAAAAAAUACCAAACUAAUACUGAGAUGACCUGAAGUCAAGAAAAGAUAUCUUUCCUACAUCUUAAAAAGUGGGAUUGUCUUCUUCUUGGCUUUUGUUACAAUUUUUUGCUCACAACAGUAGAUGAGUAAGGGGAUUUCCUCCUUGAGGUUGGCACCAGUUGUCACUCACAACCUCAGCAGCUGGAGGAUAAAUGACGGAGAGACACAGGGAUCAGCAGAUAUUCACUGAUACAAACAGGAAUGAACAGAAACUGGACUAUGGUGCAUCAUACAGAGUGUGAUGUCUGAAGAUGAGAGGGUCUUAAAAGUCUCACUGAGGUCCUCAGAGCAGCCCCCAGAGACUGCGUGGCGAGUGUGCCAGCUUGUUCAGAUCUUGAAGAUUUAACUGUUGCAGCAUUUGAUCAGCAGGCGGCACGGUGUUCCAGCAGUUAAACACCUCAGAGGAGAAAGCGGCCGGCUCUGCUGUUCCUGUGUCAUGUUUUUGUGUACGCCUCAGCCGUCUUAAGACCAAUGAAUGUCUGGACGUGUGUGUUUGUGUGUCUUCUGCUCCUCUCUCAUUCUGGGUUUUAUUGUCCCUGUCAUGCAGCAGCUCUGCUGCUGCACUUUGACUCUAUCAACAAGUUUCCUUGGGCAGGUGGGAUGACCUUUGCCCUCUAGAAGCAGGAAAAACAGUGCCUGUCUUUGAGUAAGAAUACAAAUAAUCUGGGGUAUUUAUCAAACUCAAAAAAUUUGUAUAUAUAAAUAUUGCAUUAGCAGUCAGCGCCUGCUCUCUCGAUGGUAUACCUGUUGAAUGGAGGCCUGUGCACAGAGAUCCCCUUCAUGCUGUUUUAAUGCAGUUAGAUGACACUGAGCUGUCAGCUGCCCUCAGAUUAAUUGGAGCUAAUUUAGUGUUUAAAAAAACAACUUUGGAUUGGACACCACAGGUGUUAUUUCAGACAUUAAAAACAGACAGACAGAAACUAUGAGUCAGAGCAAACAUAAAACCUUUAAUAUUUGUUUAUUUAUUCUACUUUAAAUCACAGUCAUCACAAUGUUGAGCCUGCAGGCCGGAUUGACAUCAUACAGGCGAGAAAGACAGGAGAAAAAAUAAUGCAAAAUUGAACAAAAUGUAAUUAUUAUGAAUAAAUUAAAGUUGGAUAUUAUGAAAUAUCAGAGUGAUUGCAAACAUUUAAAUCAGUGUUUUGGAAAGAAUAAUUCAGGAAAUGACAUUUUACUAGAAACACUGACUUAAUGAACUGUUAAAUAUCACCAUACUUGGUGCUAAACUGAAAUAACUCUUGAUACCUAAUCCUAGUACAGUGUUUCCCCUUCAUUCAUUACAUACGCUGCUACUGAAUUUUCACAUGAUCAUUAAUAUCAAUGUGCCACCAAUGAUUUCUACUCCCACUGUGUGAGCACAACAACACACAUUAUUUUCGACUUGUUUUGAGUCAUUAACGAGUGCAUCAAAUCCUGUCGGACCUUCUUCCAUCAUGUGAAAGGUAACAUUCAAGCUUAUACAUUGUCGUCUAUAUAGUGAGUAGCAUUAGUAGCAUUAAUAUCAAUUAGGGCUGCAACUAACGAUUAUUUUGAUAAUCGAUUAAUCUGUCGACUAUUUUAAUAACUAAUCGAUUAAUCGGAUAAACAGGCUAAAUUCAUCAAUGCAGCUGUUAAUAGCAAUAGCAUAGGGCUUUAGUUUAUCAUAUGAGUUUAUCUGCCAUGAGGUGUUGAGGUCUCUGCAUGUGUAGGUUACUGUCAAACCGCAAGAUAUCAAAAUCUACCCGGAUACAGCAAUGCUGCUUUUUGAUUGGCUGUUCAGUAGAUAUACUUUAUUUGAUUGGCUUGCGCGUGGCACGCAGCUUCUGAACUCUCGGAGAAACUCAGUUGAUUUCCACCUGUUCCAUAGUUAAAGAAGUGCAACUUGGUGGACAUCACCAUGUUCAUUUAAAUGCGUGAGAAAUACAAUGUGUGGUGUGUGAGCGUGUGAACGAGUGGGAAUGCGUGUGUCAUACGCUGAAUGCGUGAGACUUGAGAGCCCUGUGCUCACGCAUCAUCGAUGUACUCCCGUGCCAUGCAAAACGGGCUUGGCAAAUGUUGCACUGAACGCCUUCCUUUUCAGUCUUAGUAAAGUUUUCCCACACCACUGAUGUUUUAGGUCGGGAUUUGGGUUGGGUUGUGUCCAUGUUUUUCUCAGCCGCUGCCUCGGCCAUGGCUGUUUCUUUUCUGUGCGUUCUGCUGAUGUUUACACGCCGGUGUCCAUGGACAUAUAUAAAGACCCGACGAAUCGAUUACAGAAUUAGUUGGCAACGGAUUUUUUCACGACGAAUUGACUUAAUCGAUUCGUUGUUGCAGCCUUAAUAUCAAUGUGCCACUAAUGAUUUCUACUUGCACUGUCUGAGCACAAUAACACACGUUUUUUUCGACAUCAACGAGCGCAUCAAAGCCUGGCGAAGCCGCUUCCAUUCAUGUGAAGGGUAACAUUCAAUGGUCUUGAUAGAAAGUAGCAUGGGUAACAUAACAGCCCAGCUCACCGAGUGGCAAGUAUGUGGUGGGGGUAAUAGCAAUGGUUAUUCCAUUAGAGGAAGAGUCAGCUCAGAUAGGGGACAGAAUGUCUAGGGCUGAAACGAUUCCUCGAGUACCUUGAUUAUAAAAAAUGUUCGAGGAAUUUACUCUGUCUCGAGUACUCAUUUGGAAGCUCAAAUGGUCACUGUUUGGCAUGGAUUAUUUUUAAGGUGACACAAUGCCCUAACGUCACCACAGUAGAAAGAGGAGUAAGCGCGGUCUUGGUUUUGCGGAGCGGAAAAAAUGAAUGAGGAGAGGGGCUUUUUCUUCAGCAGAGCUCCAGUAGCUCAGUAGCACUUCACCUCUGAGCCGUGGGCAGAGACAGAGCUGCUCUGCACACUCCUCUUCAUGCUAGCUUGCAGCCUAGCAUUGCUGGUAUAGUAGCAAAAGCAGGUAAUAUAGGAGCUAUUCAGCUUUCGGACACUAAUGUCUUUGGGGUCAUGAUGUAAGAUAAUAUAAUUAGCUUUCUUAUGAGCACUGCAAUCCACUAACGCACAUGCUUGUUCCGUGAUUGUCCUCUCAACUUCUUCAAGUCUGGCCUUCACAGUGGGGAUCCAGGGGUGGAACUUGCUUUUGUGACGUUGGAAAUCACACUGUAUCUGAGUCUGCCGUUUGGGUCUGAUUAAUUGAUGGAAUAUUCGGUAGAAUACCCGAUUGCUAAAAUAUUCGAUAGCUGCAGCCCUGAGAAGGUCUACCUUAUGGAGGUCGUUUCUUAGUAGAUGACUCGCUGUCGUCGUCAGUAGUGGACAUGUUUAGACAGAGGCAUUGCUUUUCUCUCUCAUGCUGUAAAUGUGAACCACUGACCGUCUCAUGCCUCCCUCGCCAAUACCCCUGCUUUGUUGGAUUCAGGUGCUAAUUGCAGGACAGGAUGUUGCUCCUCUUUUCCCGAACAGAGAUGUUUGGGUCCAGUAGUUCCUCAGGAUGACGUCAUAUCUGUGCCAAUGGAGACUAACAUUUUAGCCACAGUGUCAAAUCAGGUUGUCCCUUUGUUGUUGCUGCUUUUAUUGGGUUUUAGCCAAUCAGAAUCAAGUUUUUAAAAUGCCAGGUAAUAUCUAAAACUUCCACUUUACCUGCAGAUAGGCGUAAGUCUUUGAGCAUCCUGACUGCAGAUGUGGUUCAUGAAGUUGAAAAAGCUGCAGGAUUCUCCUUAAAAAUAGCAUCAUAGGGUCUAAGUCAGAGGAUGUGACAGCUGUAGUGGAGUGUUGGGUCAAAUGGAGGCUGUACAGGAGGAGAAAUGUGUCAUGAGAGUCGCUGCAGAGGUCAGAGGAUCAGCGCUGAUUGUUCAUGAUUAAUCUAAUUAAUACGAGACUGUGGAGUCUGAGUGUGUUGUAAAAGCGACAGCGGUGCCUGCUCUUUGUUUUUUUUCCCUCGUGGGAGUGUCUAGGACAGGCUCUGUUCCUGUGGUCCACACACACAUACGAGCACACACAAACACACACGUUUGGGGAAAACAAGGCUGACUUUGGUUGUGACUCUGCACAGCCGGCUGCUCUGUGUCGUCCCUCCUGCGAGUUGUCUCCUGAUGAUUUUUUAGACGUUUGGUUUCUGCUCUUCUGUGAGUGUUUGAGAGAGAAUAAGGUCACUGAGAAUAGAGCGAGUCUCCUCUGAGACAGACGUGAGGAUUUCUGUCUGAGUCUGUCUGCUGCAGAAACACACGUCUAUAGGUGAUUAAAAAAAACACUCCUGCAGGUAGUUUAUCAAAGAAUUUAUCUUCGGUAGUGAUCUAGAUUCACAGAUUGCACAUAAAAACGCAGAAUCUGCUCUCUGUGUCUGAAUUGAAGCAUGGGGAGUUUCUGGUCUCUGUUUGUGGCUCUGACCAUUCAGGGAUCAGCUUUGGUGUCUGUAUUUGUGCAAAAUUAGGAGGAACCCAAUUAGCUAUAAUGACAUCCCAGCUCUCAUCAGCGGUAAUCUGAGGACAAUUCAUUAAACUGAUAUCUGCUAUAGAUCAAAAACCGAGACACAGAUCGGCUCCAUGCUGAGUCAGUGUUUAGAUUUCUUGAUUUCCUGUCGAUCCGAUCUCCGUCCAACUAACAAAUGAUUUCAAAGUUGUUUCUUCUCCUCUGAAAGACAAACUUAAGAAAGCUUGACUUCACAACAACAGCCAACAUUAGCAGAGCUAACAUUAACAGAGCUAGCGCUACCAGCCUUCUGUCCUCUUUGCAGGUUUACGUCCUCGCUUUGAUGCCUGUUGCAGAUUGCUCAGGUUGAGAGUUUACAUGAAGAUUUUAGAUGACAGCCAACACUUAAUCUCUAUUUUUGAGACACUGACAAACCAUGCUGCUGUACUAUGGCAUGCCAUCUGUCAUUGGUGCUUGUUUACAUCCUUGUAAUAGAGCGUUAUAGCAGCUGGCUGUGCUGAACGGCUGCUCUUCAGGCUAGGGUUGCACGAUUUUGGCCAAAAAUAAAAUCCAGAUUUUUUUUCUCUGAAAACUUGAAUUUCGAUUUUCAAUUAUUUAUUCAGUGACAACUUCACUAAACUUCACUUUAAUAAACAGUUUUUUUCUAUCAUAUCUCAAAACGAAACCAAUGAAAACAAUGUAUGUUGUAAUGUUGUUUUGGCCGGACACGUGCAGGUGCCAUAAAAGAGUUAUGCAGUGUGUCACAUAAUCGUUUUAAAAGAUGCAGAUUGACAUCCACACGGAGAUGAAAGUGUAGUCGUUUAUAGCUUUAUGCACUCUCUUACCCCGUUUUCAAAAAGUACUGUUUACAGUCACCUGAAACACUGUUUCCAUGUAGAUGAAAUGCUGAUAUGACAAAAAACUAUAGUGUCUACUCCUGAAUUCAUUUUUGUGUGGACGGGUUGAUACUGCCUUCAGACAAACUUUGUUAUGGGGAAUGGUUUGCUCUUCAUCUGAAACUGUGAAGCCGUACCAAUUCCACACGACUGACUUGCUCUUGUACUAUUUAGCCCCAAAUUUAUCACCUUCUUUUGCAAAGGCCAUGUUUGUUUACACUGGUGUGUGUGGGAACUGGGGAGCGCUCCCACAGGAAGGGGGAGCCUACAGUGGCCUGGAGGCACGAGACAUGAUAGAGAGGAAAAUCGAUUUGACGAUUUUAAUUUUUUAACAUCUUCAUAAUUAAGUAAUCAGAUUACGAUUUGAAAUUGAUGUAAUUGUGCAGUCCUAUUCUGUAAUAGGGCUGCACAACUUGACUGGAGUGAUGCUUAACAAACAAGUAUCUGGACCUUAAAGAGAACCAACAACCAGUGCUGCUAGUUCGGCUAAUGUUAGACAUUCUAAUUUGUGUAAAACCAGUUUGGCUCAAUUUUAACGGUUUCUUUCUGACUUAUUUAAAAAAAUGUUUAAACUCACCUCCAUUUAAAACUUUGCUCUGCUGCUCUGAAUUUCACCAGAGGGUGUAAGAUGAUAAAAUCCACUUUUAUUUUUAGGGUUCGAGAAUUUUCUAAUUGGAUCAAGAUAAUUUCUUGAGUCCUGAUUUUGUUUUUGUCCUGUUUCCCCUGUGGUAAAGAAUUCAGAUUUAAGAUUGAGCUUUCUUCUUGUGUGUGUUUCUGUGUGUGUGUGUGUUGCAUAUAAAAGCGGUUAAAUGAGUGAGCAGCAGACGUUUUAUUCCUCCUCCCACCUCGGUGUUCAUGGCUGACAGGUGUGAGUGUGUGAAGAUAAAACAAGGUGACGUAGAGCUCUUUAAAGCUUCCAUGCUGUCUGUUUAAGUUAAAUUUAAAGAAAGGGAUUUUAAAAGGAGGCUUUUCUCUUUUAUUUCACUUCUCUGUCACACAGACUGACUUUAGGGCUGCAGGAGGAUUGAAGUCUAUUUACUGUCAGAGUGUCUUGUAUCUCUCUCUCAGGUAUCUGAGCUGAAAAUGAGGUUUGUAUCACCUGUUGUUUAACUUGUAAAGUGACAUAAAUUCAGAUGUUUUUAACUCUUUAUGGAGGGGAAUAUCUCUGCUGCAGUAAGAUGAUAACAAAAGGUUUCAUGGAUGGAUAUAAAACCUGGUGAGAUGCAGCUCAGAGAGGCUAAAAUAUAUGUGAUGAAAACAGCAGGAAAUCAGAUGCGUUAUGAAAAUCCUCAGCAGUUUGGAGAAAAAGUAAAGAAUCCAACCUGAGAAGAAACAGUCGUUCACUUUCUUUUGAUAUUUCUGUCUGCAGAUAAACUUAAUCUGGGAAUCACAGGACUCAUCACAUCAGCUUUUCUUUGACAAAAUUUGGUUGACUGUACACUUUCAAAUGCAGUUAACUAUUUUAAAAAAAAGAAAAUUCAGCAAAAACUAAAUCUUUUUCUUUGUUUUGGAGAGUAAUUUGGUGUUUACUUAAAAAAAUCUGCAAGCUGAAAAAUUUCUUUUUUUUUUUUAGGUCAAAAAUAAAAGUCAGAACAAAGAUUUUCAAAAUAAAAGCUAGGUAAAAGAAUAGACUUUUUAGUUUUACCUUUUACUUCAACAUUGAAUCAGAAGUUUGUUGGUUUGUUCUCAGGUCCUGAUGUCCACAUGCAGAAGUGUCCUAAAGUGAAACACCUAAUCCUGCAAAGACCUGUGGCGGUGCUCGUAGUGUGUGAAUGGGUUCAGCUAAAAAUGAUGCAUGUGUUACACAACAGCCUCUGCCAUCAGUGUGUGAAUGUUAUAUGACAGGGUAAAUGUGAGUUAUGAGGUAAAAGUACUUUCUAUCCACUCACUAUCCACCAGGGAGCUACAGGAGGAGAGAGGAGGUAGGUGUGUGUACUUGUGAGUGUCUGAAAAGCAAAGGGACAGACUAAGCAUGACCAGGGAGGCCGUAGUGAUCACAAGUUUGGUCUAGUGAGAAACAUCGCUCUGGAUCAUAAUAAAAUACAAGCCCACACAUGACGUUUUAAAGACAUGAGUCUGUAUCAUCCAGUUUGAAGUUGCGUAAAUGUGUGUGAUGCAGAUCUGAAAUCACAGGUAGUUGUUUUUAAUCAUUAUAUCAAUAUUAGUGAAAAUAAUUGUAAAAAACUGUGAUUUUUGCUUAAAUGUGUUAGUGUUCUUAGUAAUGUCUUUCACCAUCUUGUGUUUUCAUUAGCGACACUCGCUCUAUUUAUUUCAUCUCUAUUUCGAUCGCCUGCAGCUGCUCUCUUGCAGCAGCUUCUGGUUGAUAAUAUCUAUCCUCUACUUAAUGCCUGCUUGACAUAAAUGUAAUUUAUGACAAUGAAACCCCAAAGGAAGUGGACAUCACGGCGGUACUUCGUGACUCAUCACUUUGAUCAGUCUGCAUUGUGUUGGGGCUGUGGUGAACUCCAGGUACUCGAUGGCGGCAGCAUAGGUCCUGUACAUCACAGUAAACCAACUCAAACAUGAUUCUUCUGUUUCACAGCUUUGUUUUCAUUAGCAACACUUGCUCUGUUUACUUCACCUCUAUGUCGCUGCUCUCUGCCUUAACUUCUGGUUUUAACUCUGAAUUAUCCAUCACUGCACAUCACACUCAGUCGGUCUCUGUUACUUGCUGUAUUCUGGUGUGAGGAUGAAGUGUCAUCUCUUUGAGAGGGCUGUCUCAGACUCGUGCAUAUGUCUGUGUUUGCUCUCCUUCCUUCAUCCUGCAGUCAGUCAGUCAGUGAAACAGGCGGGUGUUGUGUGUGUCUGCUGUUGACUGCUGAUAGUGUUUUAUCAUCCCUGUGUUAGGCAGAAGGGAGGGAUUCUCCUGAAUGUCAGGCACACAGUGUUCACUAGCACCUGAUCUUUACAUGAAGUACAGUCAUCUUUUCAGAUCACCUGUUCUCAAAAAGCUCCAGAGAGAUGAGAUGAAGAGGAUGGGAGCGAAUGGAUGUCGGAGCACGUGGACAGUUUUAGCUCAGGAUGGGGUUUUGCUAACAGCAGCUGUGUGUUGACUUGAAAUUCUGCACCAGACGACUUCACCUUGAAUGAAACUGAUCUGCUGCCAGAAUAUAAACACACAAUUAAAGCCCUUAAUGAAUUUCUCAGAAGAUUAAGGUGUAAUUAAGCCACCUAAAUACUGAGAUGAUGAGUCUGAAGUAACAGCAGAAAACUCUGCAGCUCCUGUUUCUGAGAGCAGCUGUCUGGUCUUGAAUCCACAUGUCUGAGCUGAGGGGCUUCAAGUUUGUUUUUCAGGUUCUGGUCUAUUUCCAAAACUAUGUAGAUCAAUGGUGGCCCUGAACGUCAACUGCACAAAUAUUUAAUGAUGACAAAAACAAUGAAAACAAAAACAGUCAUCACAUGACAUUUUAGUCUACUUAAAAAAAUCAAAUAGUGUUCUAUCAAAUUUUUUUCAGAUUUUACAAAAUAAUUCUGUAAAUCAGUUUUAAUAUUCCUUUUUAACUUUUUUUUGUUUCAGUCAACAUUUUUUUCCAGCUUUGAAUUUUUCUGGGCCACAAGUUAUUUUUGCUCACUUCUUGAAACAUAUGGGUUUCAUUUAAAACUUAUGUUUACUUUUGGACCACUUUUUGUAAUAUUUUUCUAAUUCUUAAAUAUUUCUGUGUUUCAUGAAAUAUAUUUUUUGUAUUUUUUUUACUUAUUUUGCUAAUUUUUUUAAAUAAUUUUGUACAUCAGCAAACAUUUUUUGUUUGUCAUUAGUUUUUUAGCAUCAAAAGUAAAAAAAAAAAAACAAAGUAACAUAUUUUUGUGUGUAAAGAAAUUUUUGCAUUGUUACAAAGAGCUUUUGUUCCCUGAAAUAUAUUUCCUCAAUUAAAAAAAAAUAUUUGUGUGCUUCACUGAAUAUUUCAGUAUACUUUCAGAGUUUUUGAAAAUAUUUUGUGGUUCAUGAACAGUUUUUGUUUGCUCAUUUUAUAGUUAUAAUAUUAUUAAAUUAUUUUAUAGUCUUAUAGAUCUAAUAGAUAACCAUGUGGUUCAUAUUUUGCUGGACUUUAUUUACUUUUACCAUGUGAUGUUGUUACUUUUCUAAACUGUAUUCCCUCCUCCCCUGCUUUACAGCUGAGCCUGCAGAUUUGUUAGCCAGUUGCUUUGAACGAAGUCGACAUUUAACCCCAUCUUUGUCUUCUAUCUCCCGUUUGGUGUUUCCCGCUUCUCAGAUGUUUUGUGUUGUGAUUGUUGGCUCAGGGCGGCUUUGCUUGCAGUAUUUUUCCAGCUAAACACCAUUGUAUUCAUUUGCUGAAGUCAAGAGUGCCAUUUAAUGGUUAGGUUACGGUUAGAGCGCCCUCUGCUAGAUCAUCAGACAGCCUGAUGUGCUGAUUUAUUGUAUAUUUUGAAUUUCAGAAGUGCAUUACUGAUCCAGUUUUCACUUUUCCUCCCAGAAAAUGAAAGAGAAACAGUCAUUGGUCUCUUUCCCAAAGCCACCAAACUCCAUUAAGAAAAACACUAAUGUAACACAACAGAUUACUGGAGUAAAUGUCCUACCUCUAACCCUAUAAUUAAGUUUUUUUUUUGUGUUUUUGGGUGUUUUUAAAUAAAGUGUCGAAUCUAAAAUAACCAUCUAUAACACCAAAGUCACACAACAGCAUUUAACAACAGGCAGCAGUUUACCAGCAACUCCUGAGUCCUGUGAGGUAAAAUCCCUGUUUUUGUCAAUCGAGUCUGGUGUCACUCAUCUUCCUCUUAAAGUAAACACUGAGUCUUAAUGGAUCAUUUUUGUAAUAAUAUCAACACUCAGAAUAACAAUCUAAACAAGAACAUGUUGAUGCUCUUUCCCCCUGGGUCUUUAUACCUAUAGGAGCCUCAGUUUGAAUCCUAAAUCACAUUAAAAUGAGGCUCAGGUGGGGGGCUCUGCUGUGGAGAAGUGUGUGGAGGAAUAUUCAAUAUGUUUUGGACUUAUGUUUCUUGAAAGGUAUUUCCCUCCAAGGCAGAGAGUUGAGCGUUUAUAAGAGAUUUGAGUGGUCGAGCAGCCUUGUUGAACCAGUUACUGUCCUACUGUCUGACCUGUUUUUAAAUUCCUCUGUGCUGCAGACUGAGAGAGAAUGUUCUGGGUUUUAGAGCUGUGAGAAAAGUGUGUUAAGUGUUCAAGUAAAUAAACCCAGUCUGGGCUACGAUCUGAUUUCUGAAAGCCCUGAAGGAGGAAACAUAGGAAGCAUUAAUUCUGUGUGUGUUCAGGACUGUUUGCUGCUGUUUGUCGUUUGUCUCCACAUGAGGGAAGUGUUGGUCUCUCACCAGACUUAGCUGUUCAUUUGCUUCUCUCUACACUUCCUCCUGUUUCUGAGGCAUGCAGGAUGAGGGAGACAGGUGUGUAAGUGUACCUGUAAAAAUGACUAAUGUGAAACAAUGUGAACCUGCCAGAUUACACAAGUCUGACACUUGAGACUAAAACAUGGAGUGUAAAGCUGAAUUGUUGCUUUCUGUCCUUGCUGGUGCACACAAGCCUGUUUGUGUGAAAUUCUGCAGAAUCUGAUGGUUUGAAAAAAAAUUUUUUUUUCAAAAUAUGGGGGACAAGUCAGGACUGGGUUAUGACUGCAUUAUGCUUAAAACCGAGGAUGCAGCAUUUAUGAUUUCCAGUUCUCGUUGAAAGGUUAACUGGAUUUGGGAUGUUUUACCUUAGGCAAACGUCCCAAGUAAGUCCAGUGGCCUUUCCAAAAGAGUGUUAGAUUUUGAUUCAUCUGACCUCAGGACAGUUCACGGACAAGUAAUAAUAAUAAUAAUGCAUCCGAUUUCAUAUAGCGCUUUAUCAGAGACCCUCAAAGCACUUUACAUUGGAUACAUCAUUCAUUGGCUCACACAGUCACACUUUGGGGGUGGUAAACUACCUUAGUAGUCACAGCCGAUGAUACUAAGCCGAUGUGGUGACUCCACCUACAGAGUCCUCACACUCCUAAACCUGUACAUAUUGUUCAACAUUAAUGGAGCCUUCCUUUUGCUCAGAUUUCAUUUGUCUUAUGGCCUGUUGUUUACUUUUCAGAUAAAUUACAGUUUCCUUUAAAGAGAUAUUCCGGCGUUAAAUUGAGUUGGUGUCAAACACAUUGCAACACCUAGUUAGACACCCUGUCAAGAGAUUAAUGUUGCAGACUGCUUUCUUCUCUAGUUAUACCAACUUUAGUAAUAACUGCACGACAGCAAUACACAGCGGUUUAAGGAGCCGUGCACAAACCUCAAUCAAAAAGCCACACUAUAGCCACAAACAAUGCCCAGAACAACACCUAACUUCAUCAACAGUACAUAUAGGGUCCUAGCCACAGCACUAGCCACCAAACAACAGCUUUGCCUAAUUUCUUUAGCAAAGAGACUAAACACAACUCACCUACUCUAUUCCGGCAGCCACUGGUUUGUACGGAGACCUCAGGCGAGUCUUUUACCAAUUACAGCGGGGGGACGCAGCUCAAGGAAGAACAUUUAUGAUCAUUACUUUAUCAUUUCCUUGAAGUAAUAAUCAUUAUAUUAAUCAUUUUGCAAUGCAGACGCAGUAGUUCUUCUGCCUUAUCAUCUCGGCCUGAUUGCAUUUCAAUGAAGUAAUGAUCAUAAAUGUUCUUACUUGAGCUGCAAGUAUAAUCUGUAUUUUUCCUGAACUAUCUCUGAUUUAACUGGACACUCUUUAACAAUCUUUUAAAUGCAUUUUGCAGCUAAAAUUAAGUAUUUUCAUUAGUGCAGUGAGCUAAGAAAGUCAAAGCGAAACUCAUAUUUACUGUGAGGUUAAAUUAAACUAACGAGUAGAUGCAGCAGCCUUACAUCUCAUAAGCGGAGCCCUUUAGGUCCUAAUUUUUCUUCAAAUAGUUCUAUUUCCUUAAAAACGGACCCAAAAACACUCUGAUGUCCUGGCGUAUUUCCACAAGAUGACACCAAACCCAAAGUUUCCCUUGUAGUUUUCACAAGGAAGUCUUUAAAUUAUCACCAGAGAUGCUUGAGAGAAAAAUAAAAAAAGAGAAUAAGAAAAAUAAGAGCAGGUACGAUCCACCUGCUUUUGUCUGUCUCAUCUUAUCUCUGUGUAAAACCACACCCACUCUCAGCAUGAACAGCCAGAGCUCUUUUAUAAUUUCAGCCUUUAAAUGUGGAGAUGUUCGGCUCAUUCACAAAUCAUCCUGUUCAAACUUUUCCCUCUUAUGGUUUGAAACUGACCUGAGCCGUAAAAUGUUCCUUUGAAAGCUCAGACCCAGCAGAGGAGGGCGCACCUGCUCAGUUCUUCAUAUAACCGUUUUCUCACUCUUGUCCUGCCACAGUCCAGGUACCGGACUGGCUGUUCCUGUACCAAACACACUGAACAGUCCUUCAUUUGGUACCAGAGAACAUAUGGCACUCUGCACCACAGUAUUUCAGCAGUAUAUACUGCAGCCAACACAGGCUAACUCUGGCACCAUUCAUACUAUAACUGUGUCUGUGCUGCUGAUCCCUGCUGCAAGUAUGAAGUCAGUCCAAUGAUUGAUCAGCAAAUCGCUCUUUCAGAUCUUGGGAAUUUAUUCAGUGCAAACGAGUGAAAAUGAGCCUGAAUCACACAUUUAUGUUUUUCUAUUACCGUCACCUCGCUGAUUCAUGUGGUUGUGAUGUUUCUGUUUGUGUAAUUAUGAAGUAUUGAUAUAGAAAUAACAGAGCCUUCUUAUUUUUGAGUUUUCAUUUCAGGAUCAAAAAAUCCCUGCAGGUAACCGUUACUGUUCAUGCAUUACUGUUUAAGCGGUGCAUUACUGGGGGGGGCAGGUCUGUUUAUUUCACAGGCAAAUCAUCUCAGAAGUUAGUGAAUCAGUCCUGCGGAGUUUAACCCAAAAAGUUAAAUGCACCCCAAACUGUGCUGUUCCCAAAUGUUCCCAGGGACCGUUAAUUCAUGGCACCACUCGUGCAUCUCUUCACAAACACUCACCCGCCCCCUCCCUCCUGAAUAAAUAGCAUGUUGAACCAGCUACCAGAGACACCGGCUACAUUCACGGAAAAUACUUUGAAACUCUUGUCUGUCUCUAAAAUACAGAGCUGAGCAAUAUCCAAAUGACUUUUAUGUGUCAGGUGACAUGCUUUUUUUGCAAAUUCUGUCAACAUACCAUUGACUGAAAAUGCAAAAAUGUGUGUGAUGACCACUUGUCUAAAACCUACCUGAAAAAGAAAACAGAGGACUUGACUUGAAAUACUGGGCAAUGAUGUAUUAAAGGUGUAAAUUUAGGAAUAUUUGCAUUUUAUUUAUUGACAUUUUAUUUGCUGACACUAAAAGCACACACCCUAUGGUAGUAAAUAAAUGUAAAAGGUAAGAAACAGAAAAAAAAAAAAAAAAAAAAAAAACCAUAACGGAAGAAACGGAAUUUGGAAUGAAAUAAAACUGAUUUCUUAGGGCCCUAGAGUGUAACUGCCUUUGUAUCUAUGAGGUUGUCAGGGGAGCGUGACAACAAUCCCACCGCUGGAAGAUCUAAAAGUUGUGAAUGUGUACAUAGUCUGUUAAUAUUACUCAGAAAAUACUGCUAUUGUGAUGCACUUGAGUAGAGGCAGUCUGGUACCUGAAGCACAAUAUGUAUCUUCAUUUAAAUGAGCUGCUCUUGCUGGUUUCCAUUCAAAAACAGUGAAAUUUGUACCACAUAUGUCUUAAAAUAACUCCCUAAUACAGUGGUUACAAUCAAUAAACAAUAUUGGUAAAUUUCAGCCCUGUCACGAUUAGAGUGCACAGCUCAGCUCUGUGCAUCAGAGAGGAGAUGCUGACAGCUCGUUCAAGCAAACUGCACAAAGAAAGGGACCUUUUUGUAGUCAAGAGGAUGAUUAUCUUUUAACUCCACCAGGUGAUAUGUGGUUAUUCCUAAAUACACCAAAUUACACUGAUAAAACCAGGAAUUUAACCUCACAGCUGCAGGAGCAGCUGGUCUGUUGCUGCCUGGCUUGGUUUUUCUCUUAGUGAAUUUUGUGAUUGAAAUGGUUGUUUUGGACUCAACCCAGUAUUUGUACGACACAAAACUACCCCCAAAAAGUAAAUCACUCUGGCAGCGAUAUGACAUCUUAUCAUUCCUUUAAAAUAAAAAUGAUAGAUUUUGUCAGUGGAGUUUGGUGGCCUCAAAGGGAGGACUGUGACGGCUGUUUCUGGUUAAACCAAGGAUCUGUCUCUUUAUCGAAAAGGCCUGAAGGAUGAUCCUCCAGGUGUUUUACUUCUCUGUUCUCAGCCACCAGACUUCGCUGACAAAAACAGUCAUUUAACCUGUUAAACUUCAAGGGUGUAACUGCUUGUUUUGGGUGUGUUAAUUUGUGUUGAAUACUGUUGAAUUGCUCAGAAACUGCCCAGUCAAUGCCUGAAAUUUACAGGCUUACAAACAAACUUCACACACACAGCAGCUGUGUUCUGGCAUUUCUUCUGCUCUGCAAAGUGAGAAUCACUGUUUUUAUCAAUGAUGUCUAGUGUCUUCGUAUUGAGUAAUCAAACAGCUUUUUUUUCUGGUUUAAAAAGCUGAAAAGUCCAAAAUAUUAAACUCAAACCCAGAACUUAGAUAUUAUUAAUGUGGUCUAAAGAAUUAAGAUUUAUUGUUUACUAUGUAUUGAUUAUUAUUACUAUUUAUAAAUUCUACUAUUUAUUGGCCUUUGUCAGGGUUUUCUCUCAGGCGUAUUCUCACUCUCCCCUUGGUUUCACUUUUGGGUGGUUUAAUCUGUUUUCAGAGUUAUUUGUUUUGUGUGCGUUCUCUGGAAGUAAUGUGUAUUAUGUCCUUUUGUGCCAACAGAUGCAGUGACGGGAUAGAAGAUGAAAAUACACAAGAAGGACAAGCAGCAG